AUGUCCUGCUACAACCAGUGCCAGCCCUGCCUGCCAUGCCAGCCCUGCGGCCCGACCCCGCUGGCCAGCAGCUGCAAUGAGCCCUGUGUCAGGCAGUGCCAGAACUCCACCGUCGUCAUUGAGCCCUCUCCCGUGGUGGUGACCCUGCCCGGCCCCAUCCUCAGCUCCUUCCCUCAGAACACCGUUGUGGGAUCCUCCACCUCCGCUGCCGUUGGCAGCAUCCUCAGCUGUGACGGAGUCCCCAUCAACUCCGGGUGCUGUGACCUCUCUUGUAUUGCCAGCCGCUACUGUUGCCGCCCCUGCUAA